AUGGACGGCGGCAGCGGGAUGGAGGCUUUGGAGAUUGGAGAGGCAGAUGCUAGCUGGGAACUGAUCAGGGACAAGGUCACCGAGGAGCGCUUUGGGCCAACAGUGGUUCCUGUCCCCUUCCUGGAAGACGCCGCCUCCUACGACCUGCUGACGGUUCUGAUCAAGAAGCCGCAGUUGGGGCAGGGCCUCUUGUGCCGGCAGCGCUGCCUGGUACCUGUUGGACCGCUGGAGAACCUGCUGCAUGAGGGCACCGCCAUGCGGGAGCUGACCCACUGCACCCGCGAGUACAACGCCCGCGUGAGGGGCGAAUCCCGCUACGAGGAGACGCGGCUGGUCAACGGGGCCCUGCGCCACAUCCGCCUCUCCAUGGCUGGCGUCCACAAGAAGGUGGCCUUCCUGGUGCUGCGGCCCGGGACAGUGGCCCUGCGCGCCGACCUGCCGUGGCUCCGCUCCCAGAGCAGCAUCUACGUGGUCUACGAGGUCUUCUACUGCAGCAGCCUGGCGCUGGCCGUCACGCAGGGUGCGGAGCAACGCAGCUUCGUCCGAGAGCGGCCCCUGCCCGUGGCCUUCUCCUGCCUCAAGUUUGCCCUCAGCAGCAAGGGGGUGCUGGGCUCCCAGAAGCCCAUGGGCCACAGCUUGCCCGCCAAGGCCGCCUGGGUGAGGAUGGCGGUGCUGGAGAGCCCCGACCCAGCAGCAGCCGUGGCGCCCCCCCUGCCCAGAGAGAGCACAGCUGGCCACAAGCGCUGGAGGCCGUUGGGCAGGUCCGCGCGGGCCCUGGCAGGGAAGUGGCCGUUCCAGCGGCAGCGGCCCAAGCUGGGUCCCUCCAGCACCAGCCUGGCCGACCCCGAGAGACACUCCAUGUCGCUGCCCCUCCUGCAGAGCAACCUGGCCGAGAGCGACACGGAAGAGUGA